UCAAUGUGAACAGAAGCUUCCUGGUAUGUCUCACUAAUUGAAUGCACCUUAAUGAUUCGUUAAAGUUAUAAAGUGUUAGCAAAGUUGUGUUCUCGGGUCAGAGGCAUCAGUCAAGGUUCAUAAAGAGUGGACUGUCAAAGUUUCCUCCCUCCACUACGCGUCCAUACGGCAGCAGUGUUGUUCUUGGCUUUCAGAGCAGCUCACGAGACCCACCGGCGAAUUCCACACGAGUCCACGUAAACUCGUCACAUGAGGCCUUUCGUUGUCCCACAAUGACAGCAGUCACCAAAACCGAUGGAGGAGUGGAAGAACCUGCGGAUUCGACAAAGCAUUAGAUCUUAAAAUACCAGUCUUACAUUUCAUUACCCAAGCUAUAAAGUCAACAAAUGAUAUGCAGCUUAAUCUAAAUGCAUGAGUUUACUGUUGAUGGAUGGAGCAUUUGGCAUUCUUAUAAGGAUUCUAUCACACAGAAAUGUCUGCUCGUAAAAUGUAAUAUGCACAGUACGAUGGCAGGUGCCUUUCUAUUUAUUUGUUUUAUUGAACUUUUUAGGGAGAUUUGCUGCUGGCCACGGAUCUCUAGCACCCAGAGCUCUACCGUUCCCGAGCCGGGUUGUUUAUAACAGGGUGGGGAAGUGUGGCAGUCGUACUAUAGUUCUGCUGCUGCGCAUGCUAGCCGACAGACAUGAGUUCACCCUCAUCUCCUCUGACAUACACAACAAGACCAGGCUCACCAAACGGGAACAGGAAAAUCUGAUUAGAAACAUCAGCACGACUCCUCAGCCAUUUCUUUAUACCCGACACGUGCAUUUUCUCAAUUUUAGCAGGUUCAGAACGGAUGAGCCCGUGCACAUCAACGUCAUCCGAGAUCCCAUCAACCGGUUCCUGUCCAAUUAUUUCUUCCGCCGCUUCGGAGACUGGAGGGGUGAAGAGAAUCACGUGGUCCGGACGCCUGGGAUGAAAGACGACGAGAGAUACUUGGACAUCAACACGUGCAUCUUGGAAAGUUACCCAGAAUGCUCGAACCCCCGGCUCUUCUACAUUAUCCCGUAUUUCUGUGGGCAGCAUCCUCAGUGCAGAGAGCCAGGUUUGUGGGCUCUGGAGACGGCCAAGAGGAACGUUCUGGAUCAUUACCUGCUGGUAGGAGUGCUGGAGGAACUUGAAGAUGUGCUGCUUCUGCUGGAGAGACUCCUUCCGCACUUCUUCUCUGACGUCUUGAACAUCUACAAAAGUCCAGGAGGAUCAUUUGAGAGGCUCGUGCUGGAGUCUGACCCUGGAGCCGGGGUUUGCACUCACCGUGAUCUUCGAGGCAUAAGUCUGCCAUUCACCUGCGGCCUGGAUCUGCCCGGUGAUAUCAUCAGAUGUGACGGUGAAGCAGAGUGGGAAACUCUGUACUUCGGUGUUGACUACAGGAUUUUAUCCAAUGGGGAAAGCAGCUCUCUUAGUAAUGCAAAGAUUGGCGUUACAUGGUAA